AUGGCUCAGAGGUCACAAAAUCAGAUCACAGAACUACCCGAAAGUGACUUGAUAGAGUGCGAACAAGGUAAAAGUAUUCUAAACAUGUCUGAUCCAGCUCGGCGCGUUAAAACUUCGGCAUACUCUUACUAUAUCAAAGAGGCUGCAGAAGAUUACAAGAAAGAGCAUCCCAAUGAAGAAAUAGCAUUUGCAGAAUUUUCCAAAAAAUGCGCAGAGACAUGGAAGAAGAUGAGUGAAAUUGAUAAGUUGAAGUUUUCUCAAAUAGCUGAUGAAGACACGAGGCGCCUCAAUGCCAAUCCGUAUAUUCCUCCUGAAAACGUUGAAGAUAAGGUCAUCGAUAGGGAUCCAAACCUACCUGAUUUGGCGCACUCGGCUUUCUUCUAUUUUUACGAAGACGAGAGGGACAAAGAAAGCUGCCACUUUGAUGCAUCUCUGCUUGGAGCGCAAUCAAUCUCAGGCGCCAGCUCCAGAAGCGCGCGGACAGCGGCCGCGGCGCUAGCUCUUCGAACUGGGAGCCUCUAUUCAAUUUAUUGUCCCCUUGGCGCCGGCCGGAAAAGGCCAGGGCGGCGAGGAAAGCGGCCAGAAUUGAGCUGCUGA